AUGGUCAAAAGUUGGACAGGUGGAAAGGCACCGCUGUACUGGAGAGAGUGCAUCUCCAUACACGUGGGCCAGGCAGGCGUGCAGACUGGCAAUGCCUGCUGGGAGCUCUUCUGCCUGGAGCACGGCAUCGGCCCUGACGGUGUGCUCGUGGAUGGCCACGAAGAGCCCAACUCACGUCAGGAUCCGUUCAUCACUUUCUUCAACACCGGGAACUCGGGCCACCACGUUCCAAGAGCUAUCUAUGUGGACCUGGAGCCCACGGUGAUCGAUGAGGUCAGGGUUGGAAAGUACAGACACCUCUUCCACCCCGAGCAGCUCAUCUCUGGGAAAGAGGACGCGGCCAACAACUACGCUCGUGGACAUUACACCGUCGGGAAGGAAGUCAUCGAUGGGGUCUUGGAGCGUAUCCGUAAGAUGACUGACCAGUGCACAGGUCUGCAGGGCUUCCUUGUCUUCCACAGCUUUGGAGGAGGGACAGGCUCUGGCUUCACCUCCCUGCUGAUGGAACGCCUGUCCCUCGACUACGGGAAGAAAUCCAAGCUCGAGUUUGCCAUCUACCCGGCGCCCCAGGUCUCUACCGCCGUGGUUGAGCCUUACAACUCCAUCCUGACCACCCACACUACCCUGGAGCACUCUGACUGCGCCUUCAUGGUGGACAAUGAGGCCAUCUACGACAUAUGUCACCGCAACAUGGACAUCGACAGUCCCACUUACACCAACCUCAACCGACUGAUUGGUCAGAUUGUUUCCUCGAUCACCGCCUCGCUCCGUUUCAACGGCGCCCUCAACGUCGAUCUGAUGGAGUUCCAGACCAACCUGGUCCCGUUUCCCCGCAUCCAUUUCCCGCUGGUCACUUACUCGCCCAUCAUCUCCGCCGAGAAAGCCUACCACGAGCAGCUGACCGUCUCGGAGAUCACGAGCGCCUGCUUCGAGCCGGCCAACCAGAUGGUCAAGUGUGACCCACGCCACGGCAAGUACAUGGCUUGCUGCAUGCUGUACCGUGGCGACGUCAUCCCCAAGGACAUCAACACAGCCAUCGCGAGCAUAAAGACGAGACGUUCCAUUCAGUUCGUCGACUGGUGCCCCACCGGCUUCAAGGUGGGGAUUAACUAUCAGCCUCCGACGGUGGUUCCUGGCGGGGACCUGGCCAAGGUGCAGAGGGCCGUGUGCAUGCUGAGCAACACAACCGCCAUUGCUGAGGCCUGGGCCCGUCUGGACCACAAGUUUGACCUGAUGUACGCCAAGCGGGCCUUUGUCCACUGGUACGUGGGUGAGGGAAUGGAGGAGGGCGAGUUUGCUGAGGCCAGAGAGGACCUCGCCUGCCUGGAGAAGGAUUACGAAGAGCUCGGUCAACUGAGCCCCGAAUCUGACGCUGAGGAGUUGGAUGAGGAAUACUGAACCAGCGAGGGCUUAAAGUUGUAUAUCUUUUAAUGAAUUGACCAACGUUUCGGAAGUUUGUGGUAUAACCUCUCUAAAAUUGCAAGAACGGAGCGUAUACUCUUUGUCGUUGCAGUGUUUUUGCAACAUUACUUUUCUAAUUGAACAACAAAAGCUGUAGGGCAUUUGAAUA